GUUGCACGGGGAACCAUUACAAAGGCGCACCAGGAAACCGGAGAAAACUGCCAAACAGAAAACAGCUGUUUCUAUAUUGAAUACCGUUGCAAGUAUCAGAUUAGUCGUCAUGGAGCCAGCGUGCCGCAAAGACAAGCAGAAGCAGAAGGAGACUCCGAACAAAGGGGAUAACGGCAAGGCCAAGCAGAAAUCCGCGCAGCAGGAACUGAAGCAGAGACAGAGGGCAGAGAUUUACGCCCUGAACAAAGUGAUGACUGAACUGGAGCAGCAGCAGUUUGAGGCGUUCUGUAAGCAGAUGCAGUCACAGGGGGAGUGAUGUGGCGCUCCUGGGCUUCAGCGGGGAUCCUUCCAGUACCUGGAUGGAAACAGAAGGGGCUAUUUUGAAGCGGGUUUGAAGUUUGCCCUGAAAAGAUUUUGAGCAUUAUAAGCUUUCAAACUGGUAGUGUCAGUCCCAGUUCAAAUUGUGUUGGUUCUGCUCUGCUGCCCAUGGAUAUAAACAGGUUAGCUGUUUCUUGAAUACAUUUAUAAUAUGUGUUUUAUUUUGCAUUCAGAAUGGGGGGUGCUUGGCAUUGUCAGGCCCAUAGGGUCAGUUGCAACAUUCCAAUUAAACUGAGGUGUAGCUGGAAAAUAGGCAUGUGUGCUCACCAUCUACAUAUCAAUUGAGAUAAGAGUCAGAACUUCAGCGUACCAGCAGUGGUUUCAUUCAGUCUCAUUUCAAGUUAACAUAGACCAUGCCUUGUGAGGUUUUACUGCGCUUUGUAUUUCAAACAAUUUUUCAGAUAUUUGAAUGAUACAAAUCUGAGGUUUUAGUUGUUUUUUUAUUUUAUUUUUAUGUAAUUGAGGUUUAGGUUUGUAUUUUCAUUUGUUUAAAGGUUAACAUCUAAAACUGUAGCGUUUGUUACAAAUGAACUUUGAUUUGAAUUGUCCUUUUAAAUGCUAUUCAAAUGGAUCUUGUUGCACUCCACAAGGAACAUUGUUUUGCUCAAUAAUGAGGUUAGUUGUUGGAGACUUUUGUGCUCAGUUGUUGUAUGUGUAUGUAUAUAAUAUAUAUUA